AUGAACCUCUUUUCGUGUUUUCAGAAUAGAAAAACGCAAACGGGGUCCACAACCCCGACCGCGACAGCAGCAAGAAACACACCGAAGGAAAACACCUCGUCGGCAGGCUCAGAUGAGAAACACACACUCGAAACCAUUGCAGAGGGUCCGGAAACAACUUCUCCUUACAAGGCUAGCGCCAGCCGGGGCGACCAGGUGCCAGGAACUCCAAAAAGUGAACUAGGAGGCUACUCCUUCACUCCCCCAGCGCUCAAGGUACCCCCACCAGUGGCUGGACACAAGCAUAUCUCGUCUCCGAACGAAACAGGCUCUCCAUACCUGCCGACUUCUCCAUCCUUUAAGACUUCGCCUAGAAUCGACGUGGAUCUGGAAAGCCGAAUGUCCACCUUCAACCCUUACUCCUUGUCACCCCCCUCAUCAGCUGACAAUAACCUCAAGACCGCCCCUUCUUUGGAUAACCAGAGCCUCGCCUCUGGUCUUGGGCUGGGCAUCCCCAAUCUAAACCCUUCUCCCCCUGUUACCCCCGUCAAAGCUCACCCUCUGAGUAACGAGGUGAAGAUGGACAUGGAUAACGGAUCUUCGCCUCCCGUACCUGAGAAGGACCACCCCCGCACUCUGCGACCGAAGUCACUCCAUGGAAGCCAGUCCGCCAGUAACAACACUCGACAAGCAUCUCCUCCCAAAAUGGAGCCCAUUCCCCGACCCCGACAGAUCGUGGACUCGCCGUCGUUCACGUCGUCAUACUCGCCCACAAUGGCCCCCCGAAUCUCUAUGAGCUUUGCUCGACAGUCGCGUCUAAUUCCUCUGGACGUGCUCAAAAACUUCUCGUCCGACGACUUCUUGGGCGAUUUCCUCAAGGACACUUCGUUCCGAGAGUCCAUGGACGCGUCCAUGCUGUCCUCUGGAGUGCCUGGCAUCACUGACAGAGCCACCAACAGACAGACCUUUGCAUCCUCCCACUACUCGGAAUACUAUGAGGACAACCCCGACCUGCAGUUGGAGCUGUCUCGAAUGAGAUCCAUGUCUCGACAGGCCUCUCUCCACCACAAGGACAGCCGGUCAAACCGAACGUCGCAAUACACCACAUACAACCCCAACAAUGAGUACGAAGCUUAUGACCACGACAAACUAGCCCGUGAACUCGCUAGAGAGAUUGAGGGCGCCAGCCGGGAGUCUUGUGAUCCCGGAAAGCCCAACGUCAACAGACUGUCCACUGUCGCUGCUUCUGAAAACUCUGGGGGAGUUUCUGUGCCUCCAUCUGAUUUUGGUUCUCCACGAAGCGAGAUUCACCGAGAGCGAACUAACAACAACAACAACAACAACAACAACAACAACAACAUCACCCAAAACAACCACCUCACGACCAGCCAUAGCAACAACGGUGCUGAUGGCUCUAACUUUACCCACGACUCCAUCUCGACAUCCAACUCCAUGAACACCAUGUCCAACAUGACCAGUACCACGGCUAACACGACAAUCAAUAGCAUUGGUGAGACUCGAGAUUCCAAGAGUGACGUGAAGACAGUCCCCGGCAUCCCUCCCCACGCCAAGACUUCGGCAUCUGCAACUACCACAGCCCCUACCAUGCCUCCUUCUCCCCCCGUGUCAAUGCGGGAGUCCAUCAAGGACCUCCCCAAUUACACCGUCACCCACUCCUACCGACCAAUUCUCGAGGACGAGAUUGAGGUUCGACGAGGUGACACUGUCAAAAUCUGCCAGGAGUUUGAUGAUGGCUGGUGUCUGGUAACCAUUGUAAAGAUGCGAUCUGACGACCCCGAAAACCGACGAUCUAUCGGAUCCACCAUGGGAUACAAGGAAGGUGUUUGCCCUCGAGCAUGUCUUGCGCUUGAGGUGUAG